ACCACAUCCUCUCAGUAGCGAUCCCACCAUCUUCUUGCUCGUGUUCAUUGACGUCCGAGUACUAUUCAGAGGGCUCAAAAUCAAACAUGGAGGCAGCUGAGCAGUCUAGUUCGAACACGGCCAUUUCACUCCUACGAAAAGAUUUGACCUCCGAGAACGUCCCACUUGCUCGACGCUUUCGCGCACUAUUCUCGCUCAAACACGUCGCUUCGCAAACUCCUGGACCACAAGCAACAGCAGCAAUAGAAGCAAUCGCGGCCGCCUUUACCUCUCCCUCCGUACUCCUGAAACACGAGCUAGCAUAUUGUCUGGGACAGACCAGGAAUCUAGCGGCAGUCCCGUUCCUUCGAGCGGUCCUCGAAAAUCGGUCGGAGGAUGCAAUGUGUAGGCAUGAGGCGGCGGAGGCGCUGGGAGCGCUGGGAGACUUGUCAAGUCUACAGAUUAUGAAACAGAUGAAAGACGACGAGCGCGAGCCCGUGGUGUUAAGAGAGACGUGUGACAUUGCAGUCGACCGCAUCCAUUGGGCUCAUUCCGAGAGCCGGCAAAGCGAAAGCUUGAAGUCAAGUGACUUCGCCUCUAUCGAUCCUGCACCUCCUCUUCCUUUGGCUUCGGAAACGCCUUCAAUCUCGUCCCUGCAGACGACUCUUCUCGACGCCUCAUUACCCCUUUUCCAGCGAUAUCGCGCGAUGUUCGCGCUUCGAGAUCUCGCGUCCCCACCAGACCUCCCCACAGCAGAGUCCGCCGUCCACGCUCUUGCUUCUGGGUUCAAAGAUCCAUCAGCACUAUUCCGACACGAGGUGGCUUUCGUGUUCGGGCAACUGUCCCAUCCAACAUCAAUACCCGCAUUGCUGGCUGUGCUGGAGGAUACCAAGGAAGAAAGCAUGGUUCGGCACGAGGCUGCAGAGGCGCUGGGCAGUUUGGGAGAAGAACCGGGGGUGGAGGAUAUAUUGAGGAAGUUCUUGGACGACCCUGAGCAAGUGGUUCGUGAGAGCGUCAUUGUUGCUCUUGAUAUGGCUGUGUACGAGAAGAACGGAGAAAUGGAGUACGCCACCAUCCCAACGGAGGUUGCUGCAUAAUUGCCUCAAAGCGUUGCAUUUCAGACAUCGAUUGGCGUCCGCUCAGUUAUUCUGCACAUCCUUGAAACCGCACUCGCAUCUGUAAAAAACGGUCGUUCCUUCGUCUGCGCUUCUUAGUUGCUUGGUAUGAUAGAACAUUUCUGGUCGAUGGCAGUCAGGGCACUCCCGGGAGAUGACAGCCUCAACUUGCAGCUCAUCGGUAUUGAUAGCUUGCACCUCGGAGUGCUUGGCCCGUAGAGGAGAUGGGAAGGCACUGGGUUUUGAUUUUGAGGUUAUGAUUUUGGACGAAGUGUCCUUGGUGUACUGGAAGCAAUCGUCGCAUUUGACCAUGUCG